UAAAAAGAAACAUCUUAGACAAAACCGGGAAAUUAUCCGUCUGAAUAUGCUUCAAUCGGUGAAGGUCCGACAAUUGGAGCUAGAAACAGGGCGUCUUUUGCAGGAAAAUUUCGAGCUUAGAGCGUCUCUGAUAUCUCUGCAGGAGCAGAAUGAGAAGGAAAAAAGAAGGGCGAAAUUUGAGAGGCUAGAACUUUUAAAAAGGGCGCUUGAAGAUAAAUUGCUAGAAAUAACGGAUAUAGUGCAAAAUAUGUUGCCAGAGUCAUCUACGGAAUCAUUGUCUAUUCAGAAUGGUAAAAGUGAAAAAAAAUCGAAAAAAGCAGAUAAUUCAACAGUAUCAGUCAAUUCUCUUGAAGAACUCUAUUUAAAUGAGAAAUUGAGAAAGGUUUUAGGAGAGAAAAAAGAAGAAAAAAUCAGUAAAAAAAGUCAUACAAAAGUUUCAAAUGAUAAACAAAUCAAUUCAAGUCAAAUUAACGAAUCGACAGAAAUAAAUGAUAAAAAUAAUGAUGCUUCUAAAGAAUUAUCUACUGAAGCAGAGGAUUGUUCAUUUAUUUAUAUUGAAAAAAAAGCCUUUGAUAUUGCAAAUAAAAAUAUAGAAUCAAAACAAAAGGAAAAAAGAACGCCAAAGCGUAAAGAAAGAUCACAAGUUUUGGAAAAAAAAGAUUCACCAGAUGAUUUUAUAUAUACGAGAGCAAAAACAAAUAUAGAAGAUAAAAAGCAAAUGUAUUGGGGUUUAAACACACUUCAAUGUGAAAAAACAAAAGAUGUUGAAAUGGAGAAGGAAAAUAUUAUUAAUUUUGAGCCAUCAUGUUUAAAAGAAAAAAACAAAGAUAACAAUUUCACAGAAAAAAAUAUAAGAAAUCAUAAAACUUGUAUCAGAAAAGUAUUAGAAUCAAAGCCGUCCAUUGUUAAUAAAAAUGUUGAAAUAACGAAUGAUUGGAAAAAUUCACAAGAAAUCGAAACCAAAACACCUGCUUUUUUACAUGUUUCAGAAAUAGUGGAACCUUCGUCUCCUGAAAAACGUAUAGGGAGAGUAAAAAAACCUGUUAAUUAUGCAUUGCCUAGUUUAAAAACGAAAAUGCGUAGAGAUGAUUCAGUCAUAGAAGAAGAUAAUUUAAAUAAAAGUUAUUCUAAAAAAAAUAUUCAUGAAAAUCAAGUCGUAAAUCUUAUUGAAGGUUCUCAAGAAAAAUCAACUAAACAGCAAAAGAAUUCGAAUGUUUCAUCACUUGUAACAAAAUGCGAAAAAGAACCUUCUGUCGUAAUACAUAAAACAACUUUAUCAACAAAAUCUAAUCCUCAUGUAUUAUCUAUGGAUACUCAGAAAAAUUCAAAAUUGAAUACUCAAUCGGUUCUUAAAUCACCUAUUAAAUUUAGUAACAAGAAAGCAUUAGAUCAUGAUCUUAGUUCUAUUGAAGAAUUAAGUAAUAGUAUAUCUUGUAUGAAUAAGAAAGAAACUACUAACGAUAAUUUAAAGUCUGAAUCAUUUGAGAAAGAUAAGAGACGGAGAACUGUUCAUGAUUUAUUAGAAACAAAAAGUCCAAUAUCUUAUUUACCUGAAUAUAAAACUAUACAAUAUCAAGGUGGAACAUCUAGAAGGCGAAAAAGUAUGUUGGCAUGAACAAAUCUAAUUAGAAGAGGUAUUUCAUUGUAGUUAUAAUAUUC